AUGGGCGAGCUUGCCGACUUUCUCGCCCAGAAUGACGCCGCUUUUCGCAAAGCCAGACUGCCCGCCCUAUACGCCGACUUUCGACCACAGCGAACGCUGAACCCCGAUGGCUACAGCGCCAACGUGACAGCAUGGCGGCACGCGCUGUCGCUACUGGCGAGCCGCGGCCUCCUCUCCCAAGGCGCCAACGCGAACCUUUUCAUACUCGAUCUGGACAACUCGCUGCUGCGGCGGCUCGAGAGCCGGCAGUUUGGGCAGCCGCUGGCCCUGGGCACCGUGGUGCGUGAGUCCGUCUCCGCCCGCGCCAUGUUCCCCGUGCCGGCGUUCCUGCAGGCGCAGCAGAGCGUUUUCACGCGCAGCUGGACCGGCGUGCCGUGGGCCGUCGUCGGCUGGACGCUGCGGCAGAUGGGCCUCGUGGACCCGGCCCGCGGCGACGACACGCUGCCCGCGGGCCGGUACGUGCUGUUGGCCAAUGUCGAGGCGGCAACGAAGCAGUUUUGCGACAUCAUGGCCGAGCACACGUCCAAGUUUGACCGCGUCUUCACCAAGGCGCAGUUCCACAGCACGUUUGGCGCGGACCUCGUCCCCGGGCAGCGGCUCUCCGGGGCCGACGUUGACGUGCUGCUGCGCUACCUGUCCCGCGACAAGGGCCUCGUGGAAUACGACGGUCGCAUCGUCCGCGUCAAGGGCGGCGUCGACGGGGAGCGGACCGAGACGGGCAUCACAGACGACGACCGCGCCAUUGCCUCGCUCAAGGAUGUCACGCUCAGGGUCAAGCACCAGGCCGACCUGCUGAGCGCGCGCAUCGACGAGCUCGCCGCCGACGCCAAGCGCGCCCUCGCGCGCAACAACAAGGUGUCGGCGCUCGCCGCGCUGCGCCAGAAAAAGGCGGCCGAGCAGACCCUCGCGACGCGCUACGCGACCCUCAGCCAGCUCGAGGCGACGGCGGACAAGAUGGAGCAGGCGGCGGACAAUGUGGACAUUGUGCGCGCGCUGGAGGCGUCGAGCGGCGUGCUGCGGAGCCUCAAUGCGCAGGCCGGCGCGCCGGAGAGGGUGGAUGCCGUCAUGGACGAGCUGCGCGAGCGCGUGGCGGACACGGAAGAGCUCGCGGCGCUCCUGGCCGAGUCUACGGGCACGCCGGUGGACGAGGGCGAGAUCGACGAGGAGCUGGCGGCCAUGGAGCGCGAGGCCGCGGAGACGGAGCAGGCCAAGAGCGCGGACAAGGACAGGGAUAGGAUGGAUGCGCUGCCCGAGGUGCCGGCGGAGGAGCCGGAGAAGCAGCCUACGAGGGAAAAGUCGCCCACGUCGGAGACGGGCAUUGGGAAGCUGUCGCUGGCGGAGUAG